GAUGAAGUCACCGCUGCCUACAGCUUGGGCUUUUCUUUGGAUGGGAGAAAACUCUAUGCUGGAUACGAUAAAGUCAUACGAAUUUUCGACACAGAGUAUCCGGUACGAUCGUGCAAGACUAUCAAAACAUUCGAUUCCAAAAGGAAAGAGGGACAGAGCGGGAUUAUCUCUUGUUUUGCCGUCAGUCCGGACAAUAACGGCUUUUUCGUUGCUGGUUCCUACAGCAGACACAUUGGGAUCUACGACACGAGCUGCGACAGGCUCGUCUGUCUCAUGCAAGGUCAGCGUGGGGGGAUCACCCACGUCAUGUUCUCGCCCGACGGGACCAAACUUUACAGCGGUGGGCGCAAGGACGCUGAGAUCUUGUGCUGGGACAUGAGAAACACAGGAAAGAUUCUCUUCUCCGUUCUCCGAGAUGUGAAGACUAACCAGCGGAUGUACUUUGACCUGUCACAGUCCGGACGCUAUCUGACCACCGGCAACCACGACGGGAGUGUGGCCUUCUGGGACACCCUGCUGCCGGGGGAGGAGGUCAACGGGGAAGUUUUCCUCAAGCCGUGCUCGCAGUUCCAAGCUCAUGAAGACUGUGUCAAUGGUGUCAGUUUGAACCACCAGCAUGGCAUUCUGGCCACAGCCUCGGGGCAGAGACACUUCAAUAACUUCCAGAACUACGACAGUGACGAGACUGAUGACGAGAUGGACGCGGAGGAGGUGCGCGACUUUUCUCUCAAACUGUGGUCACUUUCUGCUUCUUCCCAGUCGUAGAAACAGUGAAUGUUGUUGUCCAGUUGAUUCAAAUUUCAGAAACAAGUUUCAAAACCACACACACAUGCAUGAACUAAUUUCUACUGUUCUAGCUUAACCACUAGAGGCCAAAAUGUCUCUCAAGUGGUUUCAUAUGUGUGUCAAGACGCGAUGGAAUCAGGUACUACUCUACUUUUGGGCAUGUGGGGUCAUUGGUUGUAUCUUAAAGCUUGUUCAUUUGCCUUGCUUUCAAUGCAA